AUGCCGCUUCUCCUCUCCCCCUACAGAACUAGCCUCGGAGUUCCUGGGGCAGCUGCUGCCAUUCGCCAUGGGGCACGUGCCGCUGGAGACCAGCACUCACUCCUCCGUUGGCCCUCUCCCUCUCGUGUGUGCACAUGCCGCUUCUCCUCUCCCCCUACAGAACUAGCCUCGGAGUUCCUGGGGCAGCUGCUGCCGUUCGCCAUGGGGCACGUGCCGCUGGAGGCCAACACGCUGGACGUGAAGAUGCCUGCGCGGGACGACACCAUGGCGCUUACGCUCAAGGCGUGGAGUGAUAGGGACGUGGUGGUGUGGUUCAAAACCACGUGGGAGCGAGUGCAGUUCCACCCUCGCACGGACGACAUUGCGCUGCCCAUGCUGCCCUACCAAAAGAGCCUGCAUGCCAUGGCUGAGCGAUUGCUGGCGCACCUGCCGCGCCCCCUCAUUGCCGUUCACUUCCGGUCCGAAUUCAUCGCUUUCAGAGUGCAAGAGGACAUGGUGAGUCAGGGCGGCAAGGCGAAUGCGAGCAUGGUGCAGCAGCGGCUGGACUGGUGUGUGGGCGAGUCAGAGCGCCUCAUCAUCUCCGUCAGGGACUCGCUAUCCCACCCCUCCACCGUUGGGAACAGCACCACCGCCCCCAACACCACCGCCCUCAGCACGACAAGCAGCAGCGGCCCCUCGGUGUUCAUCGCAGCAGACGUGCCGUUCAAUGAGUCGGCUGCCCCGGCACGGUCCGACUCGUGGACGGAGAUGGUGCAGUGGUACGACGGCGACUCCCGCGUGCUGCAAUCCUCGUCCGCUGCGCUGCACCGCCUGAGAAGAAACGUGCAUGGGACUGUGAUGAUCGAUGAAAUCAUGCCCCAAGUCAACGAGUUGGACCCAGGUGUGGUGGCAAUCCUAGACAAGCUCGUGUGUGCGCAUGCAGACGUCUUCCUGGCAGGGUCGUGGGCGUGUGGGGGCGGCAGGGGGUACGAGACGGACAUUAUGAAGCACCGCCGCCAGGUCGGUUACUCCGAUGACACGCUGAAGAGAUGGGCGGAAGAGCACGGGUAUGAAGCGGACAUCAUCGAGGGCAGCGGGUAUGAAGCGGACAUCAUUGAGGGCAGCGGGUAUGAAGCAGACAUCAUUGAGGGCAGCGGGUAUGAAGCGGACAUCAUUGAGGGCAGCGGGUAUGAAGCGGACAUCAUUGAGGGCAGCGGGUAUGAAGCGGACAUCAUUGAGGGCAGCGGGUAUGAAGCGGACAUCAUUGAGGGCAGCGGGUAUGAAGCGGACAUCAUUGAGGGCAGCGGGUAUGAAGCAGACAUCAUUGAGGGCAGCGGGUAUGAAGCGGACAUCAUUGAGGGCAGCGGGUAUGAAGCAGACAUCAUUGAGGGCAGCGGGUAUGAAGUGGACAUCAUUGAGGGCAGCGGGUAUGAAGCGAACAUCAUUGAGGGCAGCGGGUAUGAAGCGGACAUCAUUGAGGGCAGCGGGUAUGAAGCGGACAUCAUUGAGGGCAGCGGGUAUGAAGCGGACAUCAUUGAGGCUCCGCCGGCUGUUCAUCACUCGCGUGACACGCUCCGGCGGUGGGCGCACGCGCAGUGA